AAUAAGUUUGCAGUGACGCCAAUAAGGCUUAAGGCGAGAAUAGCUUCCUCUUGGCCACUGUCAAUCGGAGAGUCGGAUCAUAAACGGAAUAGCACAGGGAGUUGGAGUUGAAACUUGUGAAAUCGUCCCGCCGUUUGUUUCUCUCCCCCUCUUGCCACCGCCGUCGAACAAUUUCCGGUGCCAUUGGCCUUCUUCUCCAAUAAAACCUAGGUCCUCUGCUCUGUUCAGCCUGAUUAAAGAUAAUUUCUGAAGGAUUGGAUUACGUAGUUCCGGAUUCUGUUCAUUGUUGCUGAUAUGAGAGACUGAGGCACUUCAAGUAAUAGCUGAGAUCUCUGUUACGCCUUCUAGAGGUGCAGUGAAUUAGGGUUCUUGUUGUUAUAACUCGCGGAAAAGUUGAACGAGGGACGUGAGAAGAUGAGCAGCUCCGGUGCUGCAGGGCAAUCCUCGAAACCUGCAAAGGCUGGUCCCUCACAGCCUUCCGAAACCUCUACUAAGCGGAAACGAGGAAUGUUUCAGAAAGAUUUACAGCACAUGAUGUAUGGGUUUGGAGAUGAUCCUAACCCAAUUCCUGAAAGUGUGGCACUUGUAGAAGACAUUGUUGUAGAGUAUGUCACCGACAUGGUACAUAAAGCACAAGAUAUAGGAUCCAAGAGAGGAAAAAUAUCAGUGGAGGAUUUCCUCUACUUGAUUCGCAAGGACAUGCCAAAGCUCAACCGGUGUACAGAACUGCUAUCCAUGCAAGAAGAGCUGAAGCAAGCUAGGAAAGCUUUUGACGUGGAUGAGGACAAACUGGCUUCACUGGAGUGACGUGGAAGAGCUGGGAAAUUGCAGUUGUCUUGCGUGUAAUUGAAGUAAAGAUGUGUAGUAACUCUUUGAUGGAAGGAAAUAACUCAUGCUUGCUUGUAGAUAAAGAUUCUUUUGAAUGAGUUUCCUCACGUAGUAGUAGUCCACUUGUCUCUGUCGACGGGCAUAAGCAGAGUUGCAUCUUGCAGAUUCCACAUCCAAAGAUUGUUGAUGGCGCGUAAAGAUUUGAUGGAGAUCCUUAUGCCAACUUCCA